AUGACCGAACUUAUCAAUAAAAUUAAAAUAAUUCGACAUGGAUAUCCAAAUGCUACACGUAUUUAUCAAUUUCUUCUUGCAUUACCAAUAACUGUUGCGACAAAUGAACGUUGUUUUUCGAAAUUAAAAUUGAUUAAAAACAAGUUACGGUCUACAUUAAUGCCUGACAAAAUGGAAUGGUUGAUAAUUUCUUCAGCAGAAAGAGAUUUAUUAGAAAAUGCUGAUUUAUCAAGUUUUGCUGAAGAAUGGUCCCAUUUAAAGAAUAGAAGAUCUUUAAUACCAGUUAAUUAUCCAUUUGUACCUGUACAUCGUAUUGCUGUUCAACUUUAUAUUUCAAAGAUUGGCGAUAUUAAAGAUAUUUGUUCGGAUAAAAUUUGUAUUAAUGGUCGAUGUAUUAAACAUUCAAAUAAUCAAGAAGUCACACCAUUAGAUCGUUGUGAACAUUUAAGUGAAAUAUUAAAUGAAACCAUUGUCAAAUUUCAUAUUCUUCAUCGUAUUAAAUACUAUCAUCUUCCAUGUCCAAGACAAUCACCAUUAUUAGCUUGCUUUUAUGAUAAUACUCAUUUUUGUUCAUGUUAUAAUUUCGAUUAUCAAUGUUUAGCAAAUUUUUUUGAAUUUAAUUCUUCAAUUAAACAUGAUUGUUUUGGUCAAAGUAAUUGUGAAAAUGGUGCAAAAUGUUUACAAGAUAAAGCACCAUGUCCACAAGCAUCAAUAUGUGUUGAUCCAAAAUGUUUUCAUGGAGCAAAAUUUCAAUUUAGUUCAGCCUUCUUUGGUCUUUCACUUGAUGCUAUUUUAGGCUAUCAUGUUCAACCACAUAUUAAUAUAAAAUAUCAACUGUUUAUUGUAAAAACCAAUGUAUUAUUAACGACAAUUUUGAUUAUAGUAGGUCUUAUCAAUGGUGUUGGGGGUGUGUGUGUGUGA